ACAGUUGUCUGGUGUUCAAGAGUUGCCUAGAACCAUAUCUGUGCAAGUAGCCAACGGUCAAGUGCUUUCAUGCCGUUAUCAUCUCCCAGCAGUUGAGUGGAGUAUGUCUGAUUGCCAAUUUGUCACUGACAUGAAAUUUUUGCCUCUUAUAGUGUUUGAUGUACUAUUGUCUAUUGGGCAUGAACUGGCUCCAGCAAUACAGUCCGAUGAAGGUGGAUUGGGCGAACAAGUGGGCAGUCAUUCCAUAUAAUGGGUCGUCAGCAUACUUGCAAGGUGUGCAGGUGACAUUAGGUGACAUUACCAGCCGGCGCUGUCACCGAACUUUUGCUCUUGUCAAUGGAAUCACAGGCUACACCUGCUGGACAAUCGGUCGAUCCAAAAGUCCAAGUAGUUCUGGAUCAGUUCGUGGAGGUAUUUGAGGAUCCAGUCGGCUUACCACCAAGCAGAACAUGCGACCACACUAUACCAUUGGUUCCAGGGGCUCACCCUUUCAAUAUUAAACCAUAUCGCGAUGACAUCGGCAGCCGUCGAUCCCUCCUCCUUGAGGCUCACGAAUGCGCACGACGUCUCUCCCCAGAAAUCGUCCGGCCAUGCCACCAUCGCGGCCUCGUUCACCGCCGGGUGGCUGUACAGCACGGACUCCACCUCCACGCUGCUGAUGUUCUCCCCGCCGUUGAUGAUCACGUCCUUGGACCGGUCGCAGAUCUCCAUGUACCGUCAGGAUGCAUCACGCCGACGUCCCCCGUGUAGAACCACCCGUUGUCGCGUAUCGCCGCCUUGGUGGCCUUGUCGUCGUCCAGGUAGCCGAGCAUGACGCAGCCGCCGCGGAGCAUGAUCUCGCCCAUCGUGGACCCGUCGCGGGGGAAGCUGCGCCCGGUCUCGCCGUCGACGAUGUCCACCUCGGCCAUGCCAGGCGUGCGCACGCCUUGCCUCGCCUUGAGCCGCGCGCCGCCUGAUGUGGAUGUGGAUACUGAUAUAUCUGAUGAAGACGAAGGUGACGACGAUGAACUGAAAGAAAGCAUAAAUGGUUCAGAGGAUGAAGCUUUAGACCAGAAUGAAGACAGCGAAGAGGAAGACAAGUCAAAAGGCAGUGGCUCUAAAGCGCAGAAGAGGAAGUUAAAUGAUUAUAUUGGACAGCUAAGUUCUGCUGAUGCAAGCCUUCGAGUUCUGAAGAGGUUAGCAACUGCCAAGAAGGCUGAAGUUCCAUCUGAUGAAACUGGUAAAAUUCUAUCCGAUGAAGAUUUCAAACGCAUCAAAGAACUCAAGGCAAAGAAAGAGGCGAAGCUGGCUUUGGCUCAGCAUGGACUAAUCAAGGGUGGCGACACAAGGUCUGUAACCUUUAAGAUGCCAUCAUCUGACCAGCUCAGCAGGAAGCGUGUCGAUCCACUUGAGCUUGAGGCUCACGUCAGGAGAAAGAUGUCCAAGGAAGAAAGGUUAGCGAUGGUGAAAGCUGGAAGAGAGGAUAGAGGUCCUUACAUGGCAAGGGCGGCCGUGAAACAGAAAAAGGACGACGACAGCAACAUGCGGGGGCUCCCCAACAUCGCGCAGAACGAGCCCGUGCUCGGCAUGGUCUGGGACAACAUCGCGCGCCUCCACACCGGCGGCCUCGUCGCGCGGGACGACUCGGCCGCCACCCUCGCCUCCCUCGCCGUGGGCAACUCCUACUUCGCUAAGUACAUCGUCUAGGAGGACGGCGUCGCUGUCCUCGUCAAGCUGAUCAAGGAAGGCGCCGACGACGGGCAGCUGCUCCACUCCGGGGUGUGCUCCGUGUUCGCCGCUGCGCUCAAGGAGCCGCCAAUGCGCGUGCAGGCCGCGGUCGCGGGCGCCAUCGCGUCGCUGGCGCGCCACAGCCACAAGUGCCAGGACCUGUUCGCGCAGAGCAACGCCGUUCGGCAUCUCGUCACCCACCUCGCUUCUCAACCUGAAACCCACUCGAGAGCAAACAACGUGCGUCAGAUCCACGACGACACACGAUUCAAUCAACAGCAAUGCAUCGAACAAGCACAAAUUCGUUUCAGGCAUCAGCAAUUAACCCAGAUCUAGACAAACACAUAUGCUACAGCUA